ACACCCUGCCAAAAAAACUUUAGUUCAUCACUAUUCAGGUAGAGAGAACCAAGCGAACAUGACUUCACUGAGUGACAAGGACAAGGCCGCCGUCAAGGGGCUGUGGGGCAAAAUCUCCAAGUCAGCUGAUCAAAUCGGCGCUGACGCUCUGGCCAGGAUGCUCGUGGUUUAUCCCCAAACCAAGACCUACUUCUCCUCAUGGUCAGACUUCUCCGCCGGCUCACCCCAAGUGAAGGGCCAUGCCAAGAAGGUCAUGGGUGGAGUCGCCUUGGCCGUGUCCAAGAUCGACGACCUCACUUCCGGCCUGCUGGAACUCAGUGAGCUGCAUGCCUUCAAACUGAAGGUGGAUCCUACCAACUUCAGGCUCCUGGGCCACUGCCUUCUGGUGGUGAUCGCCAACCAGUUCCCUAAGGACUUCAGCCCUGCUGUGCAUUGCUCCGUGGAUAAAUUCUUGGCUGCCCUGGCCCUGGGUCUGUCUGAGAGAUACCGCUAAGCUGUCAGCAGAGAAAUGCGUUCAGCCUUUAAGACUACCAUGUUCAUUCUUGGUAAAAUAAUAAAAUCAUAAACUGCA